CAUAACGAUGGUCUUUAGGGCUAAACAGUUCUAUUUUUGAUUCAUCAGACCAGAGGAUAUUUCUCCAAAAAGUAUGAUCUUUGUCCCCAUGUGCAGUUGCAAACCACAGUCUGGCUUUUUUGUGGCGGUUUUGGAGCAGUGGCUUCUUCCUUGCUGAGCGGCCUUUCAGGUUAUGUCGAUAUAGGACUCUGUGGUUUUACUGUGGAUAUAGAUACUUUUGUACCUGUUUCCUCCAGCAUCUUCACAAGGUCCUUUGCUGUUGUUCUGGGAUUGAUUUGCACUUUUCGCAUCAAAGUACGUUCAUCUCUAGGAGACAGAACGCGUCUCCUUCCUGAGCGGUAUGACGGCUGUGGUGUUUAUUCUUACAUACAACUGUUUGUAUAGAUGAACGUGGUACCUUCAGGCGUUUGGAAAUUGCUCACAAGGAUGAACCAGAUUUGUGAAGGUCUACAAUUUAUUUUCUGAGGUCUUGGCUGAUUUAUUGUGAUUUUCCCAUGAUGUCAAGCAAAGAGGCAGUGAGUUUGAAGGUAGGCCUUGAAAUACAUCCACAGGUACACAUCCAAUUGACUCAAAAAGACAUGACAUCAUUUUCUGGAAUUUUCCAAGCUGUUUAAAGGCACAGUCAACUUAGUGUAUGUAAACUUCUGACCCACUGGAAUUGUGAUACACUGAAUUAUAGGUGAAAUAAUCUGUCUGUAAACAAUUGUUGAAAAAAUGACUUAGAUGAAGUAGAUGUCCUAACCCCACUUGCCAAAACUAUAGUUUGUUAACAAGACAUUUGUGGAGUGGUUGAAAAACGAGUUUGAUGACUCUAACCUAAGUGUAUGUUAACUUCCGACUUCAACUGUAUAAAGGGCAGGUAAUCAAGGAGGUGAUGGAGUCCAGGUGAGUGUCAUUAUGCAGAGAUGCGCAAAACGCUGGUGACAGGUGUGCGCCAUAACAAGCAGCCUGGUGACCUAGAGGCCGGAGAGGGAACAUAAGUGACAGCACUGCUUUUAACUUAUGGGUUUUUACUUCCCUUUAUAUAAGUCUGAUGACAGUCUUUCAAUCAGAAUAUCUUGACUUUUGUUCCAUAUUGCUCCCCAAAAUAUAACACAUUGUCUAUUAUAAAACAUUCUCCAAAUAGAUCUAAUUUGUGGGGGAAGUAUGCCUAUAGGCUAAUCAGUCUAUCACUGUCUCCAAGGGGAGUUUCCAGCUAACAUGAUCUAAUACAACUAGCCUAAAUAAAGAUAAUGGUAACUUCUCACCCCAAUUCGUGUUAUUGUGACUGUACCAACCACAAUUUUUUUUAUGACCUUUAUCAUUACCUCUAUGAAACAGUAACACCAUUGUUGUGAAACCACUUACCUAAUACACAUUCGUCUUCACUAAUUAUAUUUAAAUAAUAUAUCAUCAUUUGGUGGGUGCUUAUAUUUGUCCUAUUUCACACAUGUACAAGUGUGUGUUAAUACGCAUGUGUGAAUUGGAAAUGUGUUUUUUUGCAUAUAUUUUAAAGGACUCCCUAACUGUAUAACAACAAGUCUGAAUUUGCCUUGGACUGUGUGUGUUCCUAGCUUCCAACGGUAAGUCAUGGCAUGAGCAGCUAUCUAGUCACAUUCCACAGUGAGGAGACCACAGGUAAGCAGCGAGAGAGAGAGAGAGAGAGAGAGAGAGAGAGAGAGAGAGAAAGGAAGGAAGCACAGAAGACAUCAUGAAUACACCCCAAUACUGCCUUCUGAUGUUGCUUAUCUACUCGGGCGGACCCAAUGCAGGAGCUCUGAAUGGUAUUAGCCCGUUCAUAAGGCAUUACGAAGGCUUGUCUUAUGAUCGUGAGGCCUUACACAGGAGACACCGGCGUGCCAAACGAGAGACCCAGCCUCAGGACCAGACACUGCAGCUGGACUUCAGAGCUUUUCUCAGGACCUUCCGGUUGCGUUUGAGGCGAGACACGACGGGAUUCACAGAGCCUUUUGAAGUCUUCUCUGAAAAUAUAUCAAGUACAGCAGACCUCUCCCAUCUAUAUUCUGGAGAACUUGAAGAUGAGAAGGGAUCUUCCUGUCACGGCUCGGUCAUCCAGGGCCAGUUUGAGGGUUCUGUCCUCACAGCCAAUGGAACGUAUUACAUAGAGCCCGUCCACAGAUACACCAGCCAGCCCACACAACACCACUCCGUCAUCUACCAUGAGGACGACAUGGAUGCUCCUCCCAUGGGAAGCAGUCGUGACGGGUUCUGUGGUGCAGAACGUCUGUGGCGCCUUGCCCAAAGCCUCAGACCCAAUCAGGAAGUUCCAGUGUCCAGGUCGAAGAGAACAUUGGACCAGUCUAAAACCAGCUGUCUACUCCACCUCCAUGCUGACCACUUCUACUACAGGAAGUUCAAGAGUGUCGAGGCUGUUGUGGCUCAGGUUGCCUCCUACGUGAGAGCGGUGAAUGAUAUUUAUGACAAGGCCGACUUUGACGGUCUCAAGCUAAUCAACUUCAGAGUGAAAUCACUCAGUGUCAUGAGAGAGGAGGACGAGACCAACCCCUUGAAUCGGCCCUUCCUCGGCCCAGAGAAGCUGCUCAGUCUGUUCUCUGAGAGAGACUGGGGAAACUACUGUCUGUCCUACCUGCUGACCAACAGGGACUACAGUGGAGUGCUGGGGCUGGCCUGGGAGGGCAAGACAGGGAACUGGGGAGGGAUUUGUUCGCGACACACGCUCAUGCGGGAUGGUAGCAACGCCAGUCUGAACACGGGCCUGAUCACGCUGCAGAACUACGGCCAGUACCUGCCCCCCCAACACGUUCAGCUCACCCUGGCCCACGAACUGGGCCACAGCCUGGGCGCCCCUCAUGAUGAAGGUUUGGAUUGUGGGAACCUGGGUUCUUCUGGAGGGAAAGGCAGGUUCUUGAUGUUCCCUCACGCUACCAAUGAGGUCCGGGAGAACAACGAUAAGUUCUCUCCCUGCAGCAUCAAGCAUAUCAGCCGAGUCCUGAAAGUCAAGAAGGAUGACUGCUUUGUGGUCAGUGAUCAGCCCAUCUGUGGGAAUCGGAUCGUGGAGGAGGGGGAGGAGUGUGACGUGGGCCACAACGAGACAGACCUCUGCUGCCAAAGCGCCAAGGAAUCUGUGGGCAUCCAGUGUCGCCUGAAACCUGGCAAGAAGUGCAGUCCCAGUCAAGGUCUGUGCUGUGGGCCAGCAUGUGUCUUGAAACCGUCAGGGGUCAGCUGUGAGGAGGAGUCAGACUGUCAGCUGGAGAGUAUAUGCUCUGGUCUCUCCCCCAUCUGCCCCGAGCCUGUGGCCAAGGCCAACAUGACCGUAUGCAGUCUGGGCACCCGGGUGUGUCUCAACGGGAACUGUGCUAAAUCACUGUGUGUGAGGUACGGCCUGGAGCAGUGUGACUGUCUGGGAGAGUCCAAAAAAGAAAAGUGCCACAUGUGCUGCCAACAGCCGGACAAGCCUGCAACCUGCGCCAGCACCACAUCCUCUGUCUUGACCAAGCAUUUCCAGGGAAAGCGUGUAGCCUUGGUUGCCGGGGCACCGUGUUCAGCCAAGCAGGGCUACUGCGACAUGUUCCAGGUGUGUCGCAUCCUGGACGCUGACGGGCCCAUCGCCAGGCUGAAGAACUCCUUCCUCCACCUGGUAGACCUGGAUGAGUUUGAUGACCUGGCUGAGUGGAUAAAGACUCACUGGUGGGCCAUUCUCUUGGCCAUCAUGACUCUGUCUGCCGUGAUGGUCAGCACCGUGUGCCUGUGUGGACGUACCCUGGACAUGGGUGACCCAGAGUAACCACUGUAGCUCCAACAGUGGCAGUUGGUGCCAUUCAAGAUUAGGGAGAGCGGCAAUAUUUUUUAUGAGCAUGGCCUUAUUUCGAUUACAGCAUAUUGGAUGACUGCCAUUCAUAUUCCCUUCACCCAGCUCAAUGUAACAUCGAUAGACUUAGGUUACUACAUGCUACUCGAAUUGGCCCUAUACCCAUCAUGAGGUUGCUACAACCUAGUCUAAAAAUGAAAGUUUAUAACGUAGGUGCACAGGUCUAGAGACAAAUUGGAGUAAUCACAUUCACAUUUAAUUCCGACUUGUACACUCUUGCCUGCAUCUAUCUGAUCUGGGGUGUAAUCAUUAGUCCAAGCAGUUAGAAAACGUUCAGUUCUGCAACUAAAACUAUACGUUUUGUAACAGAACCGGCGGAAUGAAUACUCCCCUGAUCAUCUGCACACAUAGUUCACUUUCAUAGCAGCCACAUACAGCAUCAUCACUUUGCUCGUUGUAUAAUUAAUUCUCGCAUCUACGCGCUCUCCUUCUCUCACCUUUUUCCUUCACGUGGACUUCAGUUUAUAACUCAACAGCUGUCUGUGAUUAGGCACAAAAACCUCUCCAAGCCAAACCUUCAUAACAUAACCACUAACCGCUACACAGCCUACAUCGUUGUCACCAUAUUAACGUUAUAGUCAUCAAACUAUAACUAACGUGUUAGUAAACCCAUAAUCCAAGCCAUGUGUACAAUUACACAGUACAGUGUACAGCAAGCAGUUUAGCAGUUACCACGGUGGGCUCAGGUAGCAAUACAUUUAUAAAAACGAAAGCUUACCUUGACUUUGAAGAGUUGCAGUGUUGGAUAGCUUUUGCCAGCUAGCUAACAUAAAUAGCAUUCUUCUCUGCUCCAGUCAGGUUGUUGAGUAGGCUAAAUUAGCUGCAUUAGCUAAGUAAGUGAAAGGGGUAAAUUAAGAAUUCAAAAAAUACAAUGAAAUGUAUCUCUCUGCUGCUUCUUCUUAAUUUUUAAAGAAAUGUAUUUCUUCAAAACAGUUAAACUAUUGUCUUUCUCUUUAAGUCAACUACUCACCACACUAGCUUAUGCUUUCAGUAAUAGAUUAAUUCUCUGAUCAUUUGAUUGGAUGGACAAGAUGUUAGUUCAUACUGCAAAAACUCUGAUAGGUUGGAGGACGUCGGAGGUGGGAUCAAUACACUAUCAUUCAAGUCUCAAUUCGAGUCCCAAGUCGAACGGGUUGAGUCUCGAUGUCACACCCUGGCCUAACCAAAAUAGAGAAUAAAAGCCUCUCUAUGGCCAGGGUGUGACAUCGAGACUCAACCCGUUCGACUUGUGACUAGGGUGUGCAUUCUAGUUUCUUUAUUUCUAUGUUUCUAUUUCUUUGUGUUUGGCCGGGUGUAGUUCUCAAUCAGAGGCAUCUGUCUAUCGUUGUCUCUGAUUGAGAACCAUACUUAGGUAUCCCUUUUUUCCACCUGUCUUUGUGGGAAGUUGACUUUGUUUAGGGCACAUAGCCUUUAGCUUCACGGUUUGUUUUUGUAGUGUUUAUUGUUUUGUUCUGCGUCAUUUUUAUUAAUUAAAGGAACAUGGACGCUGA